UGAAAUGAUGUGCCCGGUGCCGGUAGCUUCCAUUGCACUCCAUUCCGAGCACCCAACCCGAUGCUCCGCUCGCUCUCCGGUCCGCUCCUCUCCUUCCGCCGCCGCCCGUCCCCCUGCUUCCUCCUCCGCCCCCUCUCCACCGCCGCCUCGCUGCCUCGCCGCCACCCGACGGCGAAAGACGCCUACUUCGCCGUGGUCCACCACAUCGCGGGCAUCGUCCGGCGCGACUUCUACCUGGAGCGCACCCUGAACCGCCUCCGCCUCCCCCCUCCCACGCCAGACCUUGUCAUCCGCGUCAUUCGCGCCACCGCCCCCGCCACCCCCCUCCCCGCCCUCCGCUUCUUCUCCUGGGCUCGCUCCCGCCCCUCCUACCGUCCCUCCGCCGCCGAGUUCGACGCCCUCCUCCUCCCCAUCGCCCGCGCCCGCCUAUGGCCCCACCUCUGGUCCCUUGCCGCCGACAUGCGAGCCCUCUCCCUUCCUCUUUCGCCGGACUCGUUUGCCGCCGUCAUCGACGCCUACGGCCGCGCCGCCCUCCCCGACCUAGCCGUCGAGGUCUUCAACCGCCUCCCCCGCUUCUCAUGCCCCCAGACCACCGCCGUCUACAACGCCCUCCUCUCUGCCCUCUGCCGCGCUGGCAACUUUCACGGCGCCUACGCCCUCCUCCGCCGCAUGGCCCGCAAGAACGUGUCCCCAGACCGCCAGACCUUCGCCAUCCUCGUCGAUGCAUGGUGUGCCGCUGGCAAGUUCCGCGAAGCCCAGGACAUGCUCGAGGAAAUGUCCCAGAGAGGCUUCAAGCCCCCGGUCCGCGGCCGCGACCUCCUCAUCGACGGCCUCGUUCGCGCUGGCUAUCUCGAGUCAGCUAAGGACAUGGUCCUUCGGAUGACGAAAGAAGGGAUCUUGCCGGAUGUUUCCACCUUUAAUUCCCUUCUGGAGGCUCUCUGCAAAUCGGGUGAGGUCGAUUUCUGCGUGGGGGUUCUCCAGGAUGCGAGCGAUUUGGGACUCUGCCCGGAUGUCUCUACGUACAAGAUACUGAUCCCGGCUGUCUCCAAGAUGGGCAAGAUCGAGGAGGCUUUUAGGCUAUUCUACAGUGCAGUUGAUGAUGGGCACAAGCCGUUCCCGAGCUUAUAUGCGGCAAUUAUCAAGGGCUUGUGCAAGGCAGGGAGGUUUGCUGAUGCAUUCAGCUUUUUCAGUGAUAUGAAGGUGAAGGGGCACCCGCCAAACCGGCCAGUGUACACAAUGCUGGUAAAGAUGUGCGUGAGGGGAGGGAGGUAUGUGGAGGCCGCCAACUAUCUGGUGGAGAUGACGGAGAUGGGACUGGUGCCGAUGGUGCAGAACUUUGAUAUGGUGGUUGAUGGGUUAAAGCACUGUGGGAAGCAUGACCUUGCAAAGAGGAUGGAGCACUUGGAGGUCUCGCUGAGGGGUGACUGACUUUUGAUUGUUAAUUGGGAUUUGUUUAUUCAAGGAAAAAAAAUUAUGAUCCACCAUUGAAUUCUUUCAUUUAUAUGUUAAAUCUGAUGAGCCUGGUAUGCGUCACAAUACUUCAUCUGCAAAUGAUGGUUACUUUCACGAAUCUGUUUAGCUUUUUUGGUGAUAUGAAGGUGAAAGUGCACCAAUUGAACCAACCAACGGACACAAAGUUGGUGAAAGGUGUGCAUGCAGGGAGGAAGGUAUGGUGGCAGAUGGGUUGAAGCAUUGCAGAACAACGAUCUUGCAAGGGGGAUGAAGCAGUAUGGGCAACUGACUGACUGAUUGUUGAAUGGGAUUUGUUUAUAUGAGGAAAGAAAAUUGUAAUUUGCCGGGAAAUUCAUUCAUCUGUAAGGUUACUCUGAUGAGGCUGGUAUCGCAUGCUGUGUUCUUGGCAUCACUUGUGAUGCAAAACUUCAUCUACAGUUGAUGGGUUAGCUUUGCCAAAUCUGUUCAGAUCGCCAUAGGAUGGCUGUUUCCUUCACGCUGGACAUGUGCUUGACAUGCCGAUAUGGUUUGACUGAGUUGUUCACCACUUCUCUGUCAACUACAAGCUAUUUGUAAGAUGUUCUCUUAGCUGACUUGUAGCAUCAAAACCUGGAUGAAGGGCAGUCCCAGUGAUCAGAAGGGAAUAUAAUUUUGUUAAUAAUGUCUUACUUUUCUCGACAUCGAUAUUUAAGUUACCUAAAAGGGAUCUAUUUCUGCCCUAUCUGCUGUCAAUAUGACAGAAACACAUUUGAGAUUAAGAAUUCCAUGUAAAAUUUAUAUGGUAUUCUUUAUAGAUAUUCUUACAGACAUCAGGUUUAACUAAGCAUGGUUUUUUGUAAUGAAAGAUCUUUUAUACUUUUACAGUAGUUCAUUGACAAGUUUGACAUCAUUGUAUUCUUUAUUUCUGAUUUCUUUAUUGACUGGUUACUCUCUUGUUUGUAAGUUUAGUUUGAGGUGUCAAUUUGAUGGAGAAUGGUGGAGCAACUGACACGUAAUAAACACAUUACCGAGCAUUGGGAGAUCCUAAGUUCUUUGGUAAUGCAUUGAGCAUGGAAGAUCAAAGCCAGCCACUAACAAAAUCAAACCAAGCUGAUUCACAAGUUUAACUUGCACAUGCAGUCAGUACUGAACUAGCACAGAAGUUCCAGAUGAAAGCUACUCUGGUCAGACAGAAAGGAAAGGCUAGUUGGCUUGGUUGCUGAUAUGAUCGUUUAAUUGGCAAAAUUGAUAGCUCUGUUGGUAAAUUCUAAUAUGGAUGACUCUGUUUCUGGCCUCAUGGAGUGGAUGUGAGAUCUUACAAUGGGACCGUAUUCACUGCCCUCUAAGGUCCCUAAUCAAUAAUUAGUCAACCUUUUUCAACCUUUGUUUAUUAUUAAAGCUGGAUAUGAUUCUGGUUUGUGCAAGAAAGAUCUUCUAAUGAACCACGUCAAGUCAUCUCUUUCUUAUAUGAUAAAAUGUGGCAUCAAGAUUAUUUU